UGUAGCUGUGCCUAGCUGCCAGCUGAUCGAUUUCGGAGCGAACGUCGUUUUCCCCAGUUUUCCUCCAGUUUCGGUCAAAAAUCAGCAAAUUUUUUCCGAUCAUCCUGUGCUAAGAUAUAGGUCACAGGAACACUUCGAGUUUCCACAAAUUUCCUUGUUAGUGUACACCAUCCAAGGCGUUGCAAGUGUACAACCAAUUUAGGUAAAAAGGCGACGAGCGUUUCGAACUAAGAAAACAGCGUUCUCGGUUCCUUUCCUGGGUCGAAAUCCCUUUAGGAUACCUAACAGACCAUACAAUGGCGGGAGCUGAUCCGAAAUGGCAAAAAGACGCGGCAGACCAGAACUUCGACUACAUGUUCAAACUGCUCAUCAUCGGCAACAGUUCAGUAGGAAAAACGUCGUUUUUAUUCCGUUAUGCCGACGAUAGUUUCACCUCGGCCUUCGUUAGCACCGUGGGCAUAGACUUCAAAGUGAAAACCGUGUUUCGGCACGACAAACGGGUGAAACUUCAAAUUUGGGAUACGGCCGGCCAGGAGAGAUAUAGGACCAUCACUACAGCCUACUACAGAGGCGCCAUGGGUUUCAUUUUAAUGUACGAUAUUACUAACGAGGAAUCAUUUAAUAGUGUACAAGAUUGGGUGACGCAAAUUAAAACUUAUUCAUGGGAUAACGCGCAAGUCAUUCUGGUGGGCAACAAGUGCGACAUGGAGGAUGACAGGGUGAUCAGUUUCGAACGGGGUAAGCAGUUGGCGGAACAGUUGGGGGUGGAGUUUUUCGAAACGAGUGCGAAAGAGAAUAUAAAUGUUAAGGCCGUAUUCGAACGUCUCGUGGACAUAAUCUGCGACAAGAUGUCGGAUAGUUUAGACACAGACCCAACCCUAAUGGCGGGUUCUGGUAAGGGCCAACGGCUAACCGACGCGCCCCAAGGGCCCCAAACAGGCAACUGCAACUGUUAAUACCUUACCAGUUAACCGCUGUACAGUUUUUGCGACAGUUUAGUAGUGGCAAAACAAUUAGGCAGCUGAAAAUGUACCUCAACAAAAAAAAAGUCAAUGUUUUUUAAUUUUUAAACUGCCAUUAAUCGUUAUUUAUAUUAGAUCAAUCGUGGUGUGCAUGUUUAACUACUAAACUGGCUCUAAAUUGUACUUUCUUUUUGAGUUAUUGUGCUGUAUGUAUGUAAUUUCCAUGUUCAAAACUAACUUUUCCCUAUAUACAAUGACCAGACAAGUUAUUAUUGUAAUGCUACUAAUUCGCAGUCUUUUUUUUGGGAAUUUGCGUUUUGUAGAGGCUUCCCUAAGGGGCCGUACAAAAUGCACGAAUGUCCUUAACUAAUGAGACUGAUGACUACCAAAUUUUGAUUAACUUUUUCUCAACUAUUAAGGUAUAAAAGCGCAUUAAACAGGAAUAUUAACGAUGCUUCAACGAAAUAUUAUUUGAUCGUAGUAGUUGGGGCUCUAGAGCUUUUAUCGUUGUGUGGUUAGGGUGGUGCAGUUGGUUAGGGAUUUUUACAAAGAUGUUUUUGUGAUUCGAACGUUGUUUUUGGAAUUUAGAGAUAAAGAAUUUUGAUGAUGAGGAAUUAAAGAGACGUAUAGUAAAAAAAUAAAAAAAACAUGUUUUUUUCAUUACUUUUUUUAUUUAUCAAAAAAUGUUGAAAUAAGGUUCUGUCUCGUGAUUUUAAUCCAAGAGUCUGCUGAUCCAAGAAUCAAAUUAUUGAAGAUUUUUUAAGAAACAAUCAGUAUUUUUGAAAAUAACGAAUUUUUUACUGUUUUUUGUUUAUUUUCCAAAAAAUCCAAAAGCAAGUGUCUUAUGAUUUAAAUCAAAGAGACUUGGCAUACAUUUUUAAAAAUCUUCCUUCUUGAUAUAUGGGUUAUGGAUAUGGUGGGAUUUUUGGAAAAAAAUUCCCUUUUCCCAAAAAUUAAGUUUAGUUAGUUUAUUAAAUAGGUUUUUUCCAGUUUUCCGUUCAUUUUCCAAAAAAUCCUAAAGCAUGUGUUUAAUAAUUUUAAUUAAAGAAUCUUUGGAUAAAUUUUGAAAAAUCCACCUUUUUUGGGUUUCGAGUUAUGGACAUGCUGGUGCGAUUUUUUCAAAAAAGUCAUUCUUACAAAAAAUAAUUUUUUUCCGAUUUUAAGUUAUUAUUCUAAUAAAUUCUGAAGCAUGUGCUUAAUGAUUUAAAUCAAAGAGUCUUUGCAUGAAUAUUAAAAAAUCUGCUCUUCAUGGUUUUUGGGUUUACACAUAGUGAAAUUUUUGAAAUUUUUUUUUCCAGGAAAUCAACUUUUUUUAAUUUUUUGAGAAAUAUCUGAAAUACGUGUCCAAUAAUUUCAAAAAACAAUAUAAUUAUAAUACAAGAUCCUUCGGACAACAUUUUAAACAUCUACUCUUACUGGUUUUCGGGUUAUGGUAGUUGAAUUUUUGGAAAAAAAACACCUUUUUCAAAAAAAUAUUUUGUUUUUCCAGUUUUCUAUUAAUAUUCCUAAAAAUUGUAAAGCCAGUAUCACCAAGGACAAAAUUUCAAAAAUCCGCUUCUUGUGGUUUUUGAGUUCCAGGCAAGGUGAGAUUUUUAAAAUCAAAAGAAUUAAAAAAAAAUUACCUUUUUGUCAACUUUUUAAAAAAACCUGAAACACGUUUCAAAUAGUUUUAAUCGAAGAGUCUUGGGAUGAAUUUUGAAAAAUCAACCUUGUUUUUUUAUUUUUUUUUAUUUAAAAUUCUUCAUUACAAAGGUUCAACAAUGAACAUAGCAUGCGUCAAUUUCAAGCCUUACCUAAAUGUAUACACUAAAGUCAUUAAUAAUUAAAAGUUAAAUAAAGACGUACAUAUACUAACAAUACUUAUUAAAACGAACUUACAAAAGAAGACUUAAAGGCUAAAACACUAUAGACUAGGGACUAAACUUGCACAGAUUUUCCAUUUUUUAGGUUCAAAGAGUAAUAGUCAUUAUGACGGUAUAAAGGAUUAUCUAAAAGGAGUUUCUUUAUUUUUUAUUUGAAUUGUUUUUAUGCAGUUUGGUAAUUUAUUAAACGCUUUAGACGCUACGAAAAUCGUACUCUUUUUAAAUAGAGUCGUAUUAUGGUGCAAAAUGUUGAGAUCUUGGUGAUAUCUUGUAGGCAUACCCAUAUUAAAGUCUGCGUUCCUUGUAAAGUAAUGACUGUCUAUUUUUGCAAAAACCAAAAGUUUAUAGAAGUAUAACAAAUAUACUGUCAUUAUACGGUGUUUUUUAAACAAAGGUGCAGCAUGGUCUAAAAACCCAGCUCCAUCUAGCGUUCUGAUCAUGCGUUUCUGUAGGACAAGUAAACGCUCCAGCUCAGAAGAAGUCCCCCAGUUGAUGAUACCAUAAGAAAGUCGACUUAGAACGUGGGCAUGAAUAUAGAGUCCUUCAGAACAACAUCCUUGCUUACUAUACGUGUUACUUACAACAAAGCACAACGUUGCCAAGCUUUUCGCUAUGUGAUCGAUGUGGGUGUCCCAAGUUAGCCUGCUAUCGAUAUGUAAACCUAGAAAUUUAGUGAAGUUUUCAUUUUUUAUUAAUUAGACAUCAGUUUUUACGAGGGCACUUUGAGGGUUUUUAACGGUUAUUUUGAUACCGUUGACUUCUCGGCGUUUAAUAGUAAACCAUUUUGCUUCUUAUUAUGUUAUUAGAAAGAUCGUUACAAAAUAUAAGAAAAAGAAGUGGUGACAGAAGUUCCCAGGGGGGAAACUCCAGAUUUAACAUCAAGUGUUGAUGACUUAAAAGGAUGGUUUUCCAUUUCAUUUAGUUUGUUAGUGAUUUGAACGUAUUAUUUUCUGUCAGAAAUAUAAGAAAUUAGCCAGUCUAAAGGUGGCCCAUAAAUGCCGUAGGCUUUUGUUUUAGUAUUUCUCCAUCAAUUACAUCGAACGCUUUGCUUAAGUCGUAGAAAAUUCCAAAGGUUUCCAGACCCGAGUCUAGACUUUUAUUUAUGUAGGUAAGUGCUUCGAAAAGGGUCGUUUCUGUAGACUUAUUUUGAAGAAAACCAUACUGACUUGGUGAAAAGAGUUUGUUAAAUUCAAAGUAUUUUACUAAUCUGUCAUAGAAAAGCCUUUCAAAAACCUUCUUUGUCGUAUCUCAUGAUUUUAAUUAAAAAGUCUUUGAAAAAAAUUUCAAAAAUAUACUCUUGCUAGUUGUUGAGUUAUAGAGAUAACAAGAUUUUACAAAAAUCUUUUUUUUUUCAGCCUCUCAUUAAUUUUGCUAAAAAUUCUGAAGUAAGUAUCUAAUAAUUUCAAUAAAAGAGGCAUAGCAUAAAAUUUCAAAAAUACACUCUUUGUGAUUUUUGAGUUAUAGCUCUGAUGAAAUUUUUAAUAAAAAAACAAAUUUUCAAAAGAAUCUACUUUUUGUAAAUUAUUAAAAAAAACCUGAAAUAGUCACUUAAUUUUAUUUGAAGAGCCUUUGGAUAAAAUUUCAAAAAUCUACUUUAACUGGUUUUUGACUUAUGGACAUGUUGGUAGAAUUUUUGCAAAAAUUCCCUUUUAUAAAAAAAAUAUUUUUUUAUUAAUUUGUUUGUUGACCUUCUAAAAAAUCCUGAAGGACGUGUUUAAUAAUUUCAAUCAUAGAAUCCUUGGUAAUUUCAAAAAUCUACUCUUUCUAAUUUUUGAGUUAUAGAGAUAGUGAGUUUUUUAAAAAAACUUAUGAUUUUUUUAAGAAAUCAAUUUUCUAUAAAUUUUUUACAUAAACCUGAAACACGUGUCAAAUAAUUUUAAUUGAAGAGUUUCGGGAUAGAUUUUCAAAAAUCUACUCUUUCUAUUUUUUUGAGUGAGAUUUUCAACAAAAUUAUAAUUAAAAAAAAAAAAAUCAAAUCUUCGGUAAUUUUUCAAAAAACCUCAAAUAGGUGUCAAGAGCAGCAAGUGCCUCAAAUAGGUGGAAUUAAAAAAAAUCCUCUUUCAAAAAAAUAUUUUUUUUAGUUUUUCGUUCAUUUUCCAAAAAUGUUUAUAUCAACUGUCUAAUAAUUUUAAUUAAAAAGUCUUUGGACAAAAUUUCAAAACAUCUACACUUUCUAGUUUUUGAGUGUCUUGCUUAUGGGAUUUUUUGAAAAAUCAUAAACUUCUUUUCCAAAAAAUUAUUUUCUCCCAAUUUUUCGUUUAUUUUGCAAAAAAAAAAAUUAAUCAAAAUUUGAAACUUUUUGCAUAUAUUUGCAAAAUUCUACUUGGCUUGGUUUUUGAGUUAUGGUCAUUUUGAAAUUUCAAUAAAAAAAUCACCUUUUUAAUUUUUUUGUUUCUACCUAGUUUUUCAAAAAACGCAGAAAUACUUGUAGCGGUCUUUGUAUUUUGGCUUAAGAAUCUAUCAAGAAAUUUUCAAAAAUCCACCUUUUUUGGCAUUUCAGGAGUGUCAUAGCAUGUCGGUAAUAUUUAAAAAAAAAAGUCAAUUUUCACAAAAAAAAAGGCAACUUAAUGUUAAUUUUUCAAAAAAAGUGGGAAAAAUGGAAAAGUUUCUUUGAGUGAAUAAUUUUUUGAAAAUUUGCAAAUAUUUAUCUUUUUGGAUUUUUUUGAACCAAUAUGUUCUAAAAAAAAUCAAAAAAAAUGUUUUUUGUUUUAAUUUGUUUAUUCUAUUUAAUUGUUUUAUUUUAAAAUUAUUAAAGAUAAUUCUUAUUAAUUUUUUCAAAAAACCCUAAAAUAGGCAUUCAGUUAUUUAUGUUGUUCGAAAUAAAACGACGAAUAUAAGAAGAAAAAGCUACAAGUGAGAAACUUUAAGUCAUAUUUAAUUAUCACAGUUCCCCUGUAAUAACUAUAGUAUGAUUAUAACUAUAAUAAUAAUCUUUUUUUAUUUAGAAAAGAGUGCUACAUACAAAAAAAUUAUUAAUGAUAAUGUUUGAUUAAUAACCAAUAACUAAAAAAAUCAUUCUACGUAUGUACAAAUGUCGAAUCGAAAAGGAGGUCUAGCUAACGUGGACACAGAUCAAAAUAAAAAUAAAUGUUAUACGAUAAAGGUGCAUUGUAGAAACAGUACAUAAACCUUAGACCUAAACUUAAAUAAAUAAAAGAUUGUAAAAAUAAAAUCUACAAAAUUAAAUAAAAUAUCCUUGACAUUAAAUAUAAAAUUAAGAUAAAAACUUAAUUCUAAAAUAAAAUUUUAAUAAAAGUCAGAAAAAAAUAGUCAUAUCAAUAAAUAAAAUGAAAAAAAAUAACAAUCACUAUGAUAAAAAACAUAAAUCCUAAACCUAAAAAAUAAAGCUAAAUUUAAAAAGUUAUUAAAAUUGUAAAAAUAAAUAAAACCAACAGUAAGAAUAACAAUAACAAUCAACGCAUGAUAGAGAACAUAAAACUUAAAAAAGAAAUAUAAACAGUUUUUUAUUAUAACAAAUUUUUUUUGCUUAAAUUUGAAUUUUUCAAAGUUUUCUGCCCCAAAAGUCGCUUUUAAAAAAUCCCUCAUAGCUCUCUUAUUAUGCAAUUUAGGGCAAAACCCUAUUCUACCAUUUCUUUAGCCACCUUCCCAUAGAACCCGAUACAAAAACAACAACGUCAAUUUUCCUUACGGUUUAGGAGAAAAUUGCAAAAAAAAAAUCGACUUUCCUGGCAUUUCUUAAAAAAAAAAUCACUCGCUUGUUUCACCAGUUCAAAUCCCCCCAAAUGGGUUCAUUCUCUUAGGUACUCGAUUAAUUAAAAAGUUGAUAUUUGAGGCCUCAAACGUCCUUAACGUCACCCUGGAUUAUAUAUAUAUCCCAGAUUAAAUCAGAAAAAUAUCACUCUGUCCCAAUAAUUUUCUAAUUUUGAGACUGAACUGAGGAUAUAUCAAUGAGAAUCAAUUUUUUUAACUCACUUCUUAUAUCAUCGUCUCGUUUCUUUAAUAGUGUCUGGAUCCCCUGGAAAAAGUGUUUUUCGGGUUUAACUGGUCUGAUUAUACUAGAAAAAUAUCACUUUAUUACCAUCCUCUUCUAAUUCUUGGAGUGAGAUAACAGUUAUUUUGAACAUAUUCCCUCACGAGCCGUUUGAACUGGUUUAAGUUAUCACAGUUUUUAAUAUUUACUGGUAAAUUGUUAAAUUCAAUAAUACCCUUAGGUAACACCGAAUUAUAUAUUUGAGCUGUCUGUCUUAUGCAUUUAACUGUAUGAUUAGUAGGCUUUAUAUUAUUCUAAGAGCACUAUAACUAUGUCCUAAAAUAUAUGUAAAAAAUACAUUAGGCAACGACAAGAAUCCCUGGCCAACAUUUCAAAUACCUACAAUUUUUGAAUUAUGAACAUCUUGCCGAAAUAUUUAAAAAAUAACUCUCUUAAAAAUUAUUAAUUAUUUUAAUUUUUAUUCAUUUUCUCAAACAACUCUGAAAUGGGCAUCUCCCAUUUACCACAGUUCCAAGUGCACAUAUCCAUAUCAGGCAUUCAAACCCACGAAAAAUAAAUUUCCUUAUUUGUUAAAUAUAAAGCUAACCCACCCUAACCAAACUCUUUUAUAGACAAACUAGCUAACUUAGAAGGUAUAUGAUACCAACAAAUGUUGUCUAUAAAAGAAGCCAUUAAUAAUUCAUAAGUAAAUUCUCGUCAAUACUAGAAAACUCUAUGUAUAAAAAGCCAGAAGUAAACUUUUAGAAUUUGUAAUCAAAUUGUAGCAUUAAAACGUUAUGCCGUUAUGUUCUCAUUGUGUAUGCUUAUGUAGGGAAAAAGGCUGUUUAUAAAUUUAUACAUAAGAAAUUUAUAAACUGUCUUUAAUUUUAUGUGUGAAAAUAAAUCAGAAACUAAAAGUUAGAAAACCGUAUGUAGCAUAUUGUUGUUAUGAAAUUGAUAUUUAUAUUUUAAUUACCGUAGGUUAGACAACCCUCAACUAAUUGUUAUGCUAAUGCUGUUUUUUUGUUUUUAAAUAUUUUUGUCAUCCUAGGACAAUAAAAUUUAUUAUUAUUUCCUUGAUACAUUUUUUUGACAUAUCUUAGGCCUAAAAGGCAUCCCAUUAUUAUAGAAAAAAAUUGCUUAAUAGCGAAAGAAUGCAACAUGUACAUAGACAAUACAUGAUAUAUUUUAAAUAGACAAAUUAAAUACAGGCACUAUAUAAUUUUCUAUAAUUUAACAAUAAUCGCACAUUCAGUAUUAAGUUCCAUGCUAAACAUACUGCUUAGGAUGUACGUACUUACUGGUAAAUAUGAUCGCUAACUGUUAGUAUAAUCAAUUGUUUAUAUACUUCAAAAAUACCUUAUAUAAUAAUAUAAAGAAAACUUAUAAUAAUAAUAAUAAUCAUUGAAGUGUACGAAACGAAGUCCCUGUUAAAUUAAAUAUAAUAUGAAUAUUGUAAAUUAUUUUAUGGGUUUAUUAUGUAAAAUAAAUUAGCGUACACGCCUAAUAAAGUU